UACAACUCGUACGCCUCCGUGUCUGAACUGUACAGUAUAUCAUUCAUUCCAAAAUCAUUUCGGUCGCCACUUUCCUCUUCUUCUGAGUUACAGUGCUCUCUCCACUCCAUGGGUAUCCUGUUCUCCUCGACUUACGCGCGAAAAGCACCGCCUUCGAGUCCUACUUUGGCGGAUCUACCAGAGAGUUGCGUCGCUUCCAUCAUUGGAUACAUGGAUCCUCCCCAGAUUUGCAAGCUCGCUAUGUUGAAUCGCACUUUUCGCGCCGCUUCAUCUGCUGAUUUUGUUUGGGAAUCCAAGCUCCCCCCAAACUACCAUGUUCUUAUCGCUGAAAUCUUCGAUCAAACUUUUCAAAACAAUCACAGCAAAAGAGCAAUCUAUGCCAACCUCUGUCGCCUCAAUUCGCUUGACGAAGGCAACAAGAAAGUUUGGUUGGAUAGAAGCACGGGUAAGCUAUGUAUGUGCAUAUCUUCCAAGGGGCUAUCUAUAACGGGGGUUGAUGAUCGAAGAUAUUGGAAUCGUAUCCCAACCGAAGAAUCUAGAUUCCAUGCUGUUGCAUACCUCCAGCAAACCUGGUGGUUUGAAGUCAUUGGGGAAGUUGACUUUCCCUUUCCUGCCGGGACAUAUAGCCUAUUCUUUAGAAUCCAUUUGGGGCGAGCUGGCAAGAGGUUCGGUCGACGAGUCUGCAACACCGAGCAUGUUCAUGGGUGGGACAAAAAGCCCGUUCGGUUCCAGCUAUGGACUUCAGAUGGGCAGUAUGGUUCAUCCCAAUGUUUCCUGAAAGAACCUGCCAAAUGGAGUUUUUAUCAUGCUGGCGAUUUUACAGUUGUCAAUGGCAAUGUAUCAACAAAAAUUAAAUUCUCUAUGACUCAAAUUGAUUGCACACACACUAAAGGUGGUCUAUGUUUAGAUUCUGUGCUCAUAUACCCAAGUGAAUUCAGAAAGGUAAAAGCAUUUUUGAAUCACUCCUUAGCUUCAUAGAUGUAGUGUGCAUCUAAUAAUAUAUAGUGCUUAGUGCGGCGUCAGGGAGAGUAGAGAAUCGAGUUUUUAUAUGGUUCUUUGAGUAUUAGACUUUUGUAGGAGCUGGGAGGUGAUGUAUAUAGGUGUGUAGUUUGUCAGUUUGAAGGAUGGUUCUUUUAUUCAUACCUCCGAACGGUACACUUAAGAAUAGUUUGCGUAGAGAUCUGGGGUGGAAUGGAGAUUUGAACUGGGCUCAUAUUUUUGGCUUGACCGUCUGGUUGCUCCUAUUUCCAACUCUGUAAGGCUUAGCAAGUUGAGACAGUACGCGGACCUCUCUCACCCAAGUGAGUUGGAUGUAUUGGUGUAGAAGUACAUUGCUCUAGGUUGGUUCAUUUAGCAGCUUCUGUUUGUUGCAUUGCGCAGCCUCUCGGGAAUGGACUGUGUUUCAACAAUGGUACUCGGUAAUUUUGUUUACAAUGUAGUUUGGGAGAGUGGUUUGAUAGGAUUAAGUUGCCCAGUUGUGGUGGUAUUCAGAAUCUCCUUCAAUGGAGUUGGUCGUGUGUUGCAGAUCAAGACCUACAUCAAGGGUAUUCUUGUUGCGGAUAGGCUUUUCAAUUAUGAUCCGCCAAAAAGAUGUUGCUGGAUUUUUCUUCAACAUGUAAUGGCUAAACGUUCUUGUUUAGGGGUCUGUUCUUGUUUAGGGGUCUGUUGUCAGUUACUAAACUUAUAAACAAAACCAAUAUUGUGUUAUUUGUGGCAGAUUGAACUAGUCGUUCGUUUGAAUGUUUUAA